AUGUCCCAUCUGCGAUUUGAAAUUGUGGUUUCAACGGGGAUUGCUAACUUUCCUGGAAUCAUAGUAUUGACCUUCAAGGUUGGUCCACUUGGAGAAAAUUGUUCACUGAUCGCAGAAGAAUGUGAAAUUACUAUACGCAGUGAGUCAAUGCAAAAGGAGACAAACAUGGGUAAAGGAAGGAGUGAAGAGAAAUUUCUCGGUAAAAAUGGAUUGAAAUUGAUAAUUAAAAGGCUUCUCCUUGCACCCCAUCUUGCCGACUUCUAG